CCCUCCUCCUCAACCACCUCUCUCUGCAACUCUGCCUCCAAUCUCUCUCACUUCUCUCACUCUCUCUCUCUCUACCUAUACCAUACCAAUCUUGAUUCAUCAGAAUGGUGAAGCUUGCAUCGGCCAGAGAGAGCCGGAUAUACGGACCCCGGCUGGCUCGAAACCGGUCCGAGUACAUGAACGCCGGCCUAUACGUGUUCGCCACCAUUGUUCUUCUCUGUGGCUUCGCGGCUCAGCUCUCCAGCGAGCCGAAAUCGGGUUUGGUUCUUCUACUCAUAGGCUUAGCUCUCAUAAUCUUUGUGAACGUUCACGAUCUCCUUGCUCAUCUCGCCGGCAUCGAUUACCGGUUGCCGUUGAUGGAAUUCGACGUCCAGCUCGGCCUCGUCGAGUUCGCCGUCCCCGUGGUUCAGAUUACAGCUACACUUCUCUAUUUCUUGGGGAUUCUUUUUAUUUUCAUUCAGGAAGAAAAAGGAUAUGGUUAUGAUAAGUGGAAGCAGCACGCUUUGAACCUGCUUAUCGCUGGUACUGUCUUGUGGCUGCUCGGAUCAAUCCACAAUUCAUGCCAGAUCUACGAGAGAGCUGAUGGGCAUGUCCAAAUUUUACAAGAGUGUGUUCUCAUUCCAUUCUUGAUGGGGAGUUUGUUGUUCCUGGUGGGCUCAAUUAUCAACGUCCAAGAGCAGGCUAGUUCAGCCCAUCAUGGCAUUGAGUUAUUGGGAAUGACUUGGGUCUGGUUGGGUAUAUUUGGGAGCAUACUAUUCUUUAUUGGUGGAAUAACUAAUGUGGUAAAAGUGUUCAAGAUGCAACAAAUGAACGGAUUGCGGCUAGAGAAGCUGCGAGGCGGGGCACAGGAGAGAUUGAUUCGAGUAAGGGAAGGGCAGGUUCGGAUAAUUACUCGAGAAAGAGAAGGCCAGGUUCCAUUAAUUCGAGAAAGGGAAGGCCAGGCUCCCUUGAUUCUAGAAAGGGAAGGCCAGGUUCUGCCCAUUCGAGACGAACAGAAGAGAAAAAUGCAGGAGGAGGAAGGGAAAUUGGUAGUAGGUCCUCCAACUCCUUACAAGGAUGUGCUUGUUAGUGGGACUUGAGAUAUUGUCUGGUAAUAGUUAGUCUCAUGGUUCUAACAUUAUCUCUCUCUUAUUUUUUGGUAUUUUGUGUAGUCUCUUUUGAUUUAGUUUUCUCCAUGUUUACACUACUUAUCAGAAGUUACAUGGUCUGAUUCAGUUUAAAAGAAGACAUUACUUUUUCUCCUUUUAGUUCUGGAGCUAAAGCUUGAUAUAUUUUACUUCAUUUUUGUUAAGACCAUUGAUCGUUGUUUGCCUUGUGGAUUAAUUUUAGUUUUG